AUGGGCAGCGUCCAGACCUGGGAGCAAACGGUCGCUCAGAAACGCUCCUUGCGAGAUCAGGCUCUAAAGCCAUAUAUGACCAGCGAUAUUGGUCAGCGCCCACCUCAAAUUCACAAUGUGCAUCACCGUACCUGCAUACAUUACGAUUCUACCAUCCAGGAGAUUACCGACAUUGACAGUGUUCCUAUCCUCCUCGAAUGUUUGAAAGGGGGCAAAUAUACUGCGGAACAGGUCAGCCUUGCUUAUAUCAAAAGAGCCACGAUUGCGCAUCAACUUACCAACUGCCUGACAGAAGUUGUUUUCGAAGAUGCACUAGAACAGGCUAGACGGCUGGACCGGCUGUUCAGAGAAAAAGGCCAACUCGCGGGCCCGCUUCACGGCAUCCCAGUCACUCUCAAGGAUCAAUUCAAAAUCAAAGGAGUCGAUACGACUCUAGGCUACGUAGGUCGUUCGUUUGCUCCUGCUACCGACGACGCAGUGCUCGUUGAGAUGUUGAAAAGCAUGGGUGCUGUUAUCAUUGGAAAGACAAACUUACCGCAGAGCAUUAUGUGGGCCGAAACUGAGAACCCGCUCUGGGGUCUAACGGUCAACCCACGGAAUCCUCUUUUCACUCCUGGUGGCUCGACAGGGGGUGAAGGUGCUUUGCUGGCCCUGCAUGGCUCAGUUUUGGGGUUUGGAACAGAUAUUGGAGGAAGUAUCAGGAUCCCGCAGAGUCUCAACGGUCUGUAUGGCUUCAAACCAAGUAGCAGCCGAUUUCCCUACUACGGCGUCCCGGUCUCGACCGAGGGUCAAGAACAUGUUCCCUCGUCUAUAGGUCCUAUGACAAGAGACCUUUCGUCCCUCUCUUAUGUCUGUCGCAUAUUUGCAAACGCUAAACCAUGGACCUUAGACCCGAAAUGCGCUCCUCUCCCCUGGAAUGAGGAUAGCUUUCAAGAUGCACUAUCCAGGCCUCUCGUCGUCGGUUUGAUUCUGGACGAUGGGGUUGUGAAAGUACAUCCCCCUAUCGAGAGAGCACUCCGAGAGCUAUCCGCUAAAUUGGAAGCUCAGGGCCAUGAGGUCGUGGUCUGGGACGCAUCGGAUCAUUUCGCCUAUAUCAAACUCAUGGAUCAAUACUAUACCGCUGACGGAUGCGAGGAUAUUCGGCGCGACGUAGAGGUCGCCGGGGAGCCUUGUAUCCCUCACGUUGAAGCUCUGAUCAACCGUGGGAAGGCAAUCUCCGUCUAUGAAUACUGGCAACUCAACAAGCAGAAGAUUGCACUUCAGAAGAGUUAUCUUGAUAAGUGGAAUGCCGUUCGGUCCCCGUCAGGGAAGCCAGUUGAUAUUCUCCUUGCUCCAACGACUCCACAUUCGGCCGUCCCCCAUCGCAGUGUGCUCACCAUUCCUAUCGAUCAAGUGAGUGCAGACAAAGAUGGAUUGCCAAGCGAACUCUAUCACCCCAGAAACGAGCUAGACGAGUGGAAUUGGGGCCUCUAUGACCCGAUGACAAUGGACGGCUACCCGAUAAAUCUUCAGAUCAUUGGAAAGAAACUCGAAGAAGAGAAGGUAUUGGGAGCGGCAACGGUUAUUGAGAAGAUCUGGAGGACAGCCAACUAA